AUGGCUCUUCUUUCUGGUUCAUCACUCCAAACAAUUGUCUAUGUAAUUGCUUUAUAUUCGAUGUGUCAUGAAAUAAAAUUGGUUGAAGGUCGUUUUCUUUGGGAUUUAAGUAAUUAUUGUAUUAAUUAUUGUUCACGUUUCAGUGAACAAAUGCCUCGUAUUGGUGUUUGUUCAUGUCAUCGUAUUGCAUCUUAUCAUCGUCGAAUGACUGGAAGAGAUUUAGAAACAAUAGAUGAACAAACUUUUCAAAAUUCGAAUUUUAAUGAACCAAUUGAUAAUUAUAUUUGA